AGAGGAUGUGACUGCAAAGCCAGGAAGCUGCAGGGAAAGUUCUGAUUAAAACACACACACAAACAAAAGGCAGGUCCUCACUGCACUUGGCGAUGCGUUCUGAGGCUGCGGUGCUGCGGGCCGGGCCUGCGGCCCAGCUGAGCAGAGGGCUGGCUCCCAAGCACGCUUCAGUGACCUCAGUGACUGACGUUCCCCCCCAGGAGGAGAGAGCUGGAACCAGCGGCCUCUGACCCCUCCUGGUGCCCUGACUGACCAGCCACAGAGACAGAGAGCUCCUGGGGGACCCGUCUGCUCAGCCAAGGAGCCCCGAGGAGCCAGGGGGUGGCACCAGUGCCCGGCCUGCCCUGAGAAGGCCCCAGCCAGACCAUGGCAGGUGUCUGUGACAGGGUGCCCAACUUCCUCUCCCCAUCUGGAAACCAGGCCCUGGAGCCCGCCCUGGGCAGUGUGGUCACUCUGAACUGCACAGCCUGGGUGGUCUCUGGGAUCCACUGUCCGCUGCCCUCAGUCCAGUGGCUGAAAGACGGGCUGCCGCUGGGCAAUGGAAGCCACUAUAGCCUCAGUGAAGACUCCUGGGUCAAGGCCAACUUGUCAGAGAUAUUUGUGUCCAGUGUUCUGGGGGUCAACCUGACCAGUGCUGAGGACUAUGGGGUCUUUACCUGCUCCGUCCGGAAUGUCAGCUCCUCCUCCUUCACUCUUUGGAGAGCUGGCCCAGCUGGCCACGUGGCCGCGGUGCUGGCCUCACUCCUGGUCCUGCUGGUCCUGCUUCUGGGGGCCCUGCUCUAUGUGAAGUGUCGACUCAACGUGCUGCUCUGGUACCAAGACACCUACGGGGAGGUGGAGAUGAACGACGGGAAACUCUACGACGCCUACGUCUCCUACAGCGACAGCCCUGAGGACCGGAAGUUCGUAAACUUCAUCCUGAAGCCGCAGCUAGAGCGGCGUCGGGGCUACAAGCUCUUCCUGGAUGACCGCGACCUCCUGCCACGCGCAGAGCCCUCCGCGGAUCUCCUGGUGAACCUGAGCCGCUGCCGGCGCCUCAUCGUGGUGCUGUCGGAAGCAUUUCUGGGCCGGGCUUGGUGCAGCCACAGCUUCCGGGAGGGCCUGUGCCGGCUGCUGGAGCUCACACGCAGACCCAUCUUCAUCACCUUCGAGGGCCAGAGGCGAGACCCCGUGCACCCCGCGCUCCGCCUGCUUCGCCAGCACCGCCACCUGGUGACCCUGCUGCUCUGGAAGCCCGGCUCUGUGGCACCUUCUUCAGAUUUUUGGAAAGAGCUGCAGCUGGCACUGCCACGAAAGGUGCGGUAUAGAGCAAUGGAGGGAGACCCCCAGACCCACCUGCAGGAUGACAAGGAUCCCAUGCUCAUCGUGCAAGGCCACCUACCGGAGGGUCGGACCCUGCACCUGGAGCUGGACCCUGACCCCGAGGGGGACCUGGGUGUCCGAGGGCCUAUCUUUGGGGAGCCAUUAGCUCCACCCCAUGCAAUUGGGGCCACCCUUGGAGAGGGCCGGGGCAGUGAGGUGGAUGUCUCGGACCUCGGCUCCCGCAACUACAGUGCCCGCACGGACUUCUACUGUCUGGUGUCUGAGGAUGAUGUGUAGCCGGCACCCGCCAGAGCAGCGGGGCCCCCACGGACAGCUGGGUGCGGGGUCGGCGGCGUUUUUCUCCUCUCAGCAGAACCACCAGCCAUGAGACCUUCAGGGAAGUGGGGGGAUUGCCCUUGUGCCCUCUUGUGGCAGAAAAUAAAGCCCUUUUAGAUCCUG